ACUAACGAAAAUUUAUUAAAUACUCUCUUGCGCCUCUCUCUGUCUCUCUCUCUCGCUCGCUCUCUCUCUCAUUUUCCUGCCAGAUCUUUAGCUUGCAGACCAAAUCUGGGGACUGAUCUACCGAACUCUUACGAAAAUCUUCCCAUCGUCUUCGUUUUCUUUGCCUGAUUCAGCUCUGGAAUCACUUUAGGAUUGUGUUCGCCUUUGUAUUAGUGGAAUUGGAGAAUAGAAUCAAGAUGCCGUGGACAUCCUCCUUCGUGAACUACAGCAGCAAGUGUGUUCGCUUGGUGGUCUUCUUUCGUGUCAUUCUGUAAUUUGAUUUGCUUCGGGAUUAAAAGAUUGACUUUGUUGGGCUAUCUUAUUUUUGCGGUUGUUCCAUCUCUAUAUUACUGGUUGGAGGAGUGAGAAUGUACAUUGGUGUAACGGGAAAGAGAUACAGAGCUGUCAAGGAAGUUGGGAAAGUUAACAUGAGUGUUGGAAUCAUUGCCUACUACCAAGUGAUGCAAGUUUGUCAGGCUGAGUAUUUUCGACAAUUGCUAAAACCCGUCACGUAGGAUAACAUUGCAAAAAGCAUUUGGACAUUGGGGAGUUAGGUGGACUGGCCUCCAUUUGUGCUACAAGUGAAGAAAUGAAAUAUUUCUUUCCUGUUUCGUCUUUAAUUUGAUAUAAAAAUCUCACUUAUUUUACGAUGGCAACGUAUAGGGUUGCUGAGUAGUCUUCUCGUUAGUUAACAUCCCGUCUUUAUUUUCGUAAUAUAAUAGCAAGCUUUCUUGAGAGAAGAUACACGAGCUUGAAGUUUAGAGGGUGGGUUGCCUGUUUGUUUGUUUCUUUUACAUGGACUUCAUGCAGAGUGACCUCAACUGCUACCUCAAAGAGGCAAUGCUUCCAACAGCAAACCAAGGGGAUGGUGAUCAUAUGCAGAUUCCUCUGUCAUCUGCCUUUCCUUCUGUUUUACCUCCUGGGAGAAAGAACUUGGGACCUUUCAAUGCUGUUGAGUUUCAACCUUCUGAAAUUUGUCCCCAAAAUUUCAUAAUCUUUGACCACACGGACGAUGGAAGCCAGAUCAUGUUCCAUCCUGCAAUUUGCAACAAACUUGGUGGUCCUACUGCGAAUAUGUCCUCGAAGUACAUCCAGAAAAACUCUUGCAUUGAUGAGAAUUAUGAGGAUAGAGAAAUACCAUCUCCUUUGAUGGAGGAUGCGGAUGACAUUGAUGCAUUAUUGAGCUUAGAAGACAAAGAUCACGAAGACGUUGAUGGAUCUGAAGAUGAUGAGAUUAGCUCUGCAAGGUCUCAUUUGAAUUAUGGAAAUAGAUCCCCUGAUUCUUCAUCCUCCUCUUAUAGUUCCAAACCCAGGAAAAAUCGGUCGGUUAAUCCUGUCCGCACGGAAUCAAGCAGUGGAAGCAGCUGCGAUGGUGACAUGAAACAGUUGAAAUUGAAGAAAAUGGUGAAAAAACUGAGAGAGAUUCUCCCUGGUGGUUACCAAAUGACAACUGCCAUGGUUCUGGACGAAGCUGUUAAAUACCUGAAAUCACUCAAAGACGAAGUGCAGGAGCUCGGCCUCGGGAGCUUGGAGAACUAAUGUUUAUAAGCUUACCCUUCUGGUGGCAUCAACUGAAGAACUCUAAGGAUUCUCAUAUCUUGUGUAUCUCCUGCGCCACCUGGUCAAACGUUUUACUGAAAGACUUAGAUUGUUUCGAAUUUCAAAUGCCUGUAGCAGAUGUGAUUGUCGAACCAGAAUCUCUAGUCAGGCUUCUUGACUAUGUCGUUACCUGUUCUAUUCAUUUUCAACCUUGGUGUCUAGAAGAAAUUCUGGGAUUGAUCUGCCUUUUCUAUUGACAUUUGUUGUAUCUGUAGAAUGCUACCUUUGAUUUAAUACUGCCAUUUACUUUUAAAAAACAAUCUGUUCCAGCAUAAUUUUCACUUGUGGACAUAAGGGUUCAU